AACUUGAUCAUACGUCCUUGCUAACUCAUUUCGGUGAGUUGACGAAAACUUGGGUCGCCCGAAAAAAUCAUGAUAUUGAGCUUUUACAAUAAAUUAAAUAUAGUUCAAUGUCAAGAGUGCAGUAUAAGUGACAAAAGAAGAAAUAGUUUACCUUCUUGAUCAAGUGUUAAAUUAGCCGUUUCGUUUAGCAAAUUUAAAAGUACCUUCAAGUUUAUUUUCCAAUAUGCCGAAAGGAAAACGACGAGCAAAAUCUGAGCGCUAUGAGAAUGCAAUGCAAAACUCUGACGAUGAGUCUUGCGACAAUGCUUCAGUAUUCAGUGUAGAAACCAAGAGUGCGAGCGACGAUGGUGAGGAUGAAUUUCUUCAAGACCAGUUCGAGGAAAAACUGAUUGAGUUGAUGGAUGGACUCACCCAGAAAUCUUCACAAGGCAGAACCAACUGCUUGCUCAACAUCUCCAAAGCGCUGGUAUCGAAAUAUGUUCCAGCAUUUGUGUCAGAUAGACAUUUCACCUUAUGCGACGGUAUCGAGAGAUGUUUGAAAAAAGGUUCUACGGCAGAAAGGAGCGCCGCCAGCGAAUUGGCCUCUAUUAUCUGCGUCCAGUUAGGUGCCGAAUCUGGCUGUGAAGAAGUCUGCAAAGCUCUGAAACCUGUCUUGAUGACAACCGCCGCAGAUAAUUCUGUCAGUCCGGCUGUAAGAGGAAAGUGUUGUGCCACUCUUGGUCUCAUCAGUUUCUUAGCAAACUCUGAAGUGGGCGAUAUUUUAAGUUUGAUGCGUCAGUUCGAAAGUUUCUUCUCUGGUAGCUACCACAAAGGGGAUGGGUCAAACAACAAUGUAACUCCAGAGCAGGCUAAUUUCCACGCUGCAGCUCUGAGCGCCUGGGGUCUUUUACUCACCACCAUAGAUUCCAGUUCUGUAUCCAUGAUGUUAGAGACCAAAUCCUUGAUAUCCAUCAAGAAGCUGGCGGAAUUGUUGGAAUCUCAACAUUUGGAAGUGAGAAUGACAGCAGGCGAUGUCCUUGCCCUACUGUACGAAGUUGGUAAAAUGGAACCUGAUGAUUUCGGUGAGGACUUCGAUGAAAUCAUAGCCAGUUUGAAAGGUUUGGCUACUGAUUCUCACAAGUACAGGGCCAAGAAAGACAGAAAGCAACAAAGAGCUUCAUUCAGAGAUAUCUUGAUGUAUAUUGAGGAAGAUGUUCUGCCAGAGGUCCGAGUAAAAUUCGGCAAAGAAGUACUCGAACUCGAUUCCUGGACCAAAAGAAAACAAUAUGAUACUCUAUGUACAAUUUUGGGUCCUGGCAUUAAUAUCCAUUUAGCAGAAAACGAUUUUCUCAGGGAAUUAUUCGAGAUAUCCGAUCCUCUUAUUACAACCGGAACAAAUAACCUUCAUGCUCAGAGUCAAAUGGAGAGAUUCAGAAGGAAACUACAAAAUGCAGCUAAUUUCAAAGCGAGGUCGAUUGCCAGAAGAGCAACCAGAGAUAAACGAUUGGAAUAUUGAGAGUGAAACAACAUAGUUAUUAUGUAUUAUUUAAUUUUAACUUAGCCCAAAAACAAGGCAAAUACAUAUUUUCGAUAUUUUCGUCUUGUUUUUAUCUUAGAUGUAAAUAAUCUUAAUCAAUUCUUCUUAUUAAUAAAUUGUGUGGAAAAUU